AAACCAAGUACAAUAUUAGUAUACAAUAUCGCCUUCCACCAGAUAUUAGAAUGACAACACAUAUGACCAUAUUAUAUCACAGAUUUUAGACACUGCACGGCCAUUGGAUACUUUUUCAGAUGUCGCAACAGACACGAUUCCAACGUAACAAAAAUCACCUGAUAGUUGUUUUCUUAUAAACUAAUGAAAAACAAAUUAAAUACCACCACACUUCUAUGUUUACUCGCGCAUACCAUUCUCCAGAUUCUAGACAUUUUGCACAUCACGACAGCGAUCUCCUCAGCAUACUGUAUGCCCCAACUGACAGGACCGCAAUCACCUAAAUACAACUAUGACUCCAUCCUUCAACACCGCUGCGGUCUCAGCUUUAAUAGAAAUUUCUAAAUACCCCACGAGACUUCGCGUUCCCUGCCGCUCGCAGUUGACGUCACACAUGCUCCCUUCGGUCACCAUAGUAACCGCAGCUCCCAAGCCCUUUCUCUUGUUCUCUCCUCCUGUAGGUCCACGAUGGUACAGCUAGCAACUGCAUCACGCGGCUUAGGCAUCGCAAUGGUUUCCCAUCAGUAAGGGGGCCGCUUCCUCCACUGUUCUACCUUGUGUAACGUCUGCGGCGUCCUUCAUCUUAAAUUAAACUGGGAUUUGUUUGUUUGUUUGUUGUCCUGUCCUGCCCUCCUCCGCACUGCUAGGAUCGAGAUGCUUUGCAGGAAGGUGGAGUGGUAACCGUGAUUGAGUGUUGCUGGUUUGGCACGGAAUGGUAUUUUUGAGCCGCCACUUCUUGUACUACUGCAACGAACCUACCCUGGAUGUGAAGAUUGCUUUUUGUCAGGGAUUUGGAAAACAAGUGGAUGUGUCAUAUAUUGCAAAGCAUUACAACAUGAGCAAAAGCAAAGUCGACAACCAGUUCUACAGUGUGGAAGUUGGGGACUCUACCUUCACUGUUCUCAAACGCUAUCAGAACCUGAAACCCAUUGGCUCAGGAGCUCAAGGAAUCGUUUGUGCCGCAUAUGAUGCUGUCCUUGACAGAAAUGUUGCCAUUAAGAAACUCAGCAGACCAUUCCAAAACCAGACACAUGCCAAACGAGCAUACAGAGAACUUGUGCUCAUGAAGUGUGUCAAUCACAAAAAUAUCAUCAGCUUAUUAAAUGUUUUCACACCACAGAAAUCUUUAGAAGAAUUUCAAGAUGUUUACCUCGUGAUGGAACUCAUGGAUGCCAACUUAUGUCAGGUGAUCCAGAUGGAGCUUGACCAUGAACGCAUGUCCUACCUUCUGUACCAGAUGUUGUGUGGGAUCAAGCACCUUCACUCAGCUGGAAUUAUUCACAGGGAUCUAAAACCCAGCAAUAUUGUGGUCAAGUCAGACUGUACACUUAAAAUCCUGGAUUUUGGAUUGGCAAGGACAGCAGGCACAAGCUUUAUGAUGACACCAUAUGUGGUAACACGCUAUUACAGAGCACCAGAAGUCAUCCUGGGCAUGGGCUACAAGGAAAAUGUGGAUAUAUGGUCUGUUGGGUGCAUAAUGGGAGAAAUGGUUCGCCACAAAAUCCUGUUUCCAGGAAGGGACUAUAUUGAUCAGUGGAAUAAAGUUAUUGAACAGCUGGGUACACCAUCUCCUGAGUUCAUGAAGAAAUUGCAACCUACUGUACGCAACUAUGUGGAAAACCGACCAAAGUAUGCUGGCCUCACUUUCCCAAAGCUCUUUCCAGAUUGCUUGUUUCCUGCAGAUUCAGAACACAACAAACUCAAAGCAAGCCAAGCCAGAGACCUUUUGUCAAAGAUGUUGGUCAUUGACCCAGCGAAGAGAAUAUCAGUGGAUGAAGCUCUGCAGCAUCCGUACAUUAAUGUCUGGUAUGACCCUGCAGAAGUGGAAGCGGUUCCCUCUGAAAAUGGGCUUUGCCCCAGUAGGGCUAACCUGCUCAACAACAAGCCACCUCCUCAGAUUUAUGAUAAACAGCUGGAUGAAAGAGAACAUACAAUUGAAGAGUGGAAAGAAUUGAUCUACAAAGAAGUUAUGAACUUUGAAGAAAAGACGAAAAAUGGUGUGGUAAAGGGCCAACCUUCCCCUUCAGGUGCAGCAGUGAACAGCAGUGAAAGUCUCCCUCAGUCCUCCUCUGUCAAUGACAUCUCUUCCAUGUCAACAGACCAGACCCUGGCAUCAGAUACUGACAGCAGCCUUGAAACUUCUGCAGGACCCCUUGGUUGUUGCAGGUGACUAGCCGCCUGCCUGCGAAACCCCACAUUCUUCAGAAGAUAAGACAACUGAAACAAAAAAGCAAAGAAUAUUCAGCCUGCUUCUCCAAAAGAAAUUAUGUAAUUAAAAGUGUUCCAAGCUCAGAUGCUUAUAUAAAUCAUAGUUGCUUUGCUUUGGUCUUCUUUCAAUGAUGCUUACUGCAUAAUGAUGAGAAAAGAUCACCAAACAGGUCUUUUAUAAAUUGUAAAGUAAUGGCUGCCAGUUCCUCACUUUGAUAUGACAAGGUGAGCAGUUUCUGCACCUGUAGCACCAAUUAUUUCUAUUUCUGAAAAACCUACCUACUUGUGUUUUGCAAUACCAAAAUAUUAGCAGUUGCUUUAUUAAUGUGCAACCUGGACAAAAAGGUUAAUCAGUUCAUAAAGCAAAGUCUGUUUUCCCACUAUCUGAUGCAGUACCUUAAUUAAGUUAAACUAAGCAGUAUCAAAAAGCAUGUGGAAGGUUUAAGUCUCAUGCAUGUUCCCAAGAAGGAAGAAGGCUAUAUGCCUUUGUGCUUAAAACAGACCUUUAACAAAUGCUGGCUGUGGAUGUGAUGUCUCUGUUUAAUUAAAACAAGUAAUGCAUUUGCUUCCAUUGAAGGAACCGGUCUUCUGGUAGAUGCUAAAAUAUUACAACUAACAUGGAAAUCAUCCCUGUGCUCCUGUUAAGUGGCAUGUGUUUGCUUAUAUAACAAACAUUCCAUGAGUGGUGGGAUUUAAUUCUCACCGAUGAAUGUAAACCAAAAGAGUGUUAUACAUGACAGAUAAAGAGAUGUAUAUAUAAUUUUAGCAAACCUUUGAUAAGUUCUCACCACGUGUUAUGACUCUUUGUGUUAUAUUUUAAUGAUUGGAACACUGCAUCACAAAAAAUUGUUGGUAAUUAUUGUUUAAAACAGGUACUGAAGAGUGGAUUGAAUUGGUAGCCUGUAUGUACAUAGAAAAUUCUGUAAAUGUACUAUAUAACAAGUUGUAGGAUCCUGGACACAUGGGACUUCUGGCCAGUAAAUUAUUAAAGCAAAAUUAACUGUUCACCUUGCCAUAUCAUGCCUUUACUGAGAAUUAAUUGUACUUGCCUGUAGCUCUGCAUGAUUCAGCUUCAAACUGUAUAAACAAUGAAUUAAACAAGCAGCAACUGCUUA